CCCCCUGUUCUUAGUCGUUUCCUCCAGCUCUCACAUGCUCACACAGCGCAGUCAUUCAGAGGCACAGCGUGGAGGCUGCUCUCACACACACACAUGCACACACACACUCUGAAGAGCAACAUGCCCAGGUUACCUCAUCACUGCCUGAUAGCUGUGUGCCUGGCAGGAUCUCUGCUACUGCUUCCACUCUGCUGCGUUGGCCAAGAUGCCUUUCCACAAUAUGACUAUGACUCCACUACAUCACCAGAAUAUGACUACAACGCCACAUUUGAGUACUCUUUCUACAGCAAUGGGAGCAGUGAAGACUUGGAGAAGUUUCUUGAAGGAAAAGAUGUAGAUGAUGAGGAGACUGAGACGGACAUAAGCCUAACAAAUCCAGAUUCUACUACGUCCACUACCUUGACCAAAGCUCAGGCCUCUAGAACAGUGUAUCCCAGCUUACUGCUCACGGUGGUCCUGACUGCUCAUCUGAUACUGCAGUUUCUAUAGUCCACACAGCACCCAUCACAGGACACUCUCACACACAUACACAUGAGGAGCCCAAGAGAAGACAGGUCAGGAUGGACAGACAGCCAGAGAUUUGGCAAAAGAGACUAGCAGGAAGACAGACACAGAUGGACAGACAAACUCAUACAUGAAUGCACACACGCCCACAAACCUCUCACUUCAAAGAAGCAGCUAUGAGUAUCUCCUACCUGCACCUCCACACAAGCACAGAGGAUUCACAUGGACUAGAUGAAUAGGAUGGGCUACCUGAAAGAAAAAUGAAGCUCAAUCAAAUGAUAGAUUCCCUUUGUUUAGCUUACUCCCUAAGAGUGUCUUACAAGCAGAGAAAGGAGGCAGAAAAAAGCCUCGGUGAGUCAGGUCAGGGAAAAAAACAAAGAUAUCAAGGUUUUAUGAAUGUAAAAAUAAUCAUCAAGUGAAAUGUUACAUAUGAAUUAUGUUUUGGUGCAAUUUCAAAGGACUUUUAUUACAAUAAAAUAAUUAGUGUUACUGUAACGAGACGAGCAAAAUGAGAUACAAUGCUGAAAGGAAUGAAAGGACCUUCAAUGUUAAAAGUGUGUAUAUCAGUGUCUGUGUAUGUGUGUGUUUUACUGUCAUGUUCUCAUUUAAGACCACUGAUCACACAGCAACAAGUCUUAAAAACCCCAUCUGCUUCUCACAGGCCACCUCACAUUAUGAAAAAAAAACAAAACACAAUAGAAAUCUUGCUAGUGUUUCAAAUGGAACAUUAUUCCUGUACACUUUAUUGCCUUUGAUACCAGUUAAAAGUUUUGCUUUACCCACAAUGAAACAGCAUGCAUGUUCACCUUUAAUAACGCACCCUAUAAAACUCCCUCAUGCCAGUUUUAGUGCUGAAGGAAUCACAUGUUCCUGUUUUGAGUAAACUGACUUCAAUAUUAUUAUUAUUUUUUCUUUAAAUGAACAGACCUUAUGGCUGAAUCUCAAACUCCCUAUAUAGUAGGUCAUUAAACCUAUGCAGUGCACUAUAAAUGGCUCUCUAUUAGGUAAUAGAAGCCACUAUUUCAUGACCUACAUAGUGCACUACAUAGGGUGUAGGGAGCCAGUUUAGAUUCAGCCUAUGAGUGUCAAAGCAGAAGCCAUAGCUCCAGCAGAAGUCCUGCCACUCUUUAGAUGCAUUUUAGUAUGGCAGAGGUUCACUGUUCAAUGCAUGACGUGCACACAGGCACUUUCCUUAGCCAAUGCACUUCUUCCAUUCAACACCACUUUCUCAGUGUUUCUGGGUGGAUAACACUUUGCAGCACAUCUUUAUGUUUGAAAUAUUAAAUGUUACAUUCAUUUUUUUCUUUCUUUUUAAAGUUUGUGAAAGGAUCCCGUUUGAGGAUGAAUGGACAUGUUUUUGUGAGCUAAUGAAGCAAUCUGUAUGUCUUGUUAAUAAUUUUGAAUAAAUAUUUUUUAAUUA